AUGGCCCUGUUUGAUCUGAACCAUACAGACUCCACCAAAAAUCCGUCUACUCGCCAGCCACUUGGGCCUCCGCCUCCUGCUCCAGCAGACCUGGCCUCCACAACCAUGAACUACUCUCCUCGUCAUUCCCGCAAACCGAGCCUGCUAUCGACAUCUCGAAAUAUCAACAUGAAACAGCUUCUGCUCAACUUGUCCAGCACCUCCCUGUCGCCAUCCGAUAUGGUCCCCAACGGUGUUUCAGAUCCCAUAAUGACCCUUCUGCCCCUGCGAAAUGGCCACAAGAAACCGCCUGCGUUGGCUAUUCCUCAUAACCCGCUGGUAUCGGCCCCUUUGGUCACUCCAGUGGUUGCCCUGACACCGUUGAUACCGCCUGCACCUCCCAUCCAGAAAUCCAGAGGCCAUUCCCUACGCCUGCUGCCUGUUAUACCUCCUUCAGAGUUCAGCUUGGGCGUCCUGCCGCCCCAUUUCGCUCCCAGCAGCCCAGAGGCAGCCUUGCUGAGCCCGUUUGGCUCAGUUGCCCAUCUCCACUCGCAUAACGUCACUUCUAUCGACCAGAUCGAGCAGCUAGACCCCUACAAGCAUCUGCACACGCAUCAAGGCGGUUCAUCGGGGCCGUUUCAUGCUCCCGAAGAGCUCCAGGAACAGUCAAACCUCUAUGCAUACCCAAAUGGACCCGCCAGAGUUUUGGAUGAUACUUUGUUCUUGUUUCUGGAUCCAAAGUAUUCCGUUCAUCCUGUGGAUGUCAACGAUUACGAUCUUGUGGUCAACGUGGCGAAGGACUGUGAGGACUUGCUGCCUGAAUUCGAUACCAAGGGUGGCCAGCGCACGUAUCUUCACAUACCAUGGUCCCAUACGUCGCUGAUCCUGAAGGAACUUCCAAACAUCACUGCUACGAUAGCUAAAUACGAUAAGCCGGGACUGAAGAUACUUGUGCAUUGCCAAUGUGGAGUUCUGCGAUCGGCAUGUGUGGUUGUGGCUUACUACAUGGUGAAGUUCAACAUUUCUGUGAACGAUGCCUACGAGCUUCUCAAGUCAGGUACAUCCAAUACUACCGAGGCCUGCAACCGGCGCAUUGCCAAAGAAGGCUACCACAUCGAUGCGUGCGAACGGAUAUGCCCCAACAUGAGCUUAAUCUUUGAGUUGAUGGAUUUCGACGAAAACAGAAAGGCACCGGCGGAGAACAACGACGAAUAA